AAACUAAGUUCCAAUCUUCUAAAGUGGUAGUAAAUGCGGCGCCAGCGAACAGGCAGACGGCAGGUGUCUUAUCGAAGGCGAGCGUGGAUAAGAUAAGAAAGUCGUCGAUGUAUACCUCGACGUUUGGUAUCGAAGUGGCCGAGAAUUGAACGCUGGCGUCACUGGUGUACGAUCAUACGGUCGGCACGCGCAGUUGCAGCGUGUUUAUCAAUGUCGUGGUAUACAAAUGGCAACUACAUUUCAACUAACGGCAUUUAUUUCUACAUAUGCGUUAUCUUAUCAAUAUUAUAACAGCGCUGCUUGCUGCAGGUAAAAUUGGCGAGCUGUCUGCUACGUAUAAAAUAUGUAGCGCUGGCGUCAGCCAAGACAAAACGCAGAAAGAUACGAAAGUGAAUAAAACUUAUUGAAAAGCAGUACCAAACGGAAUAAAGCAGCUGAUAGAUGAAAAUUCGCAAAUUAUCCUCGCAUAGAAAUAAUUGUGAAAUUGUGCGCAAUAAGCUUAUAAACAGAAUAAAGAAAAGGCAAAAAAGCGCGUUAACAACCACGGAGAACUGCGUGUGGAAUUGUUUUGAGAUACAAGAAAGAAUCAUGCUUACAAAUUGGAAAAUCACUUGGUUAAUACUAAUUUUAGUGUUUAUAAAUAUAAUGGUGGUACUAAGUACAAAUGCACCGUUGCCGGUUAGAAAGGCCCGACUAGCCGGCAUGAGUCCCAGGGCAGCAAUUGGAUUUUUGGAGAAUCAUCGUUUCAAAAUGGAUAAAACAAAUGCCUGGUCGCCAAAAUUACUGGCGAAACACGAGGCGCCACCACAUUCAGCACCGUACAUCGUUUCAAUUCAGCACAUGACACCAGAUAACGGUCUUGUCCAUUAUUGUGCUGGCACUAUCAUCAACGAACAUUGGAUACUAACAGCAGCACAUUGCCUUACUUCAGACGAAACAGUAGAAAAUUCCCUCAUUGUGGCCGGCUGCCAUGAUUUGCGCGCCUCUGACGAAGGUGAUUGUGUGCAAGUGCGCCCAAUCGACCAUUAUGUGCGACACGAAUUAUAUCUAGGCGGCAUCAAUCCGUAUGAUAUCGCACUAAUCUACACGAAGCGACCGUUGCACUUUACAGAGCACGUGCAACCAGCUCAUUUGCCCGAACAGGACACUUUGCCAGAGGGCAGUGGCACACUUUAUGGUUGGGGAAAUAUAUCAAUGACCCUGGAGCCCAAUUACCCACAUCGUUUGCAGGAAGCCGAAAUGCCUAUAUUAGAUAUGGAAUUGUGCGAACGCAUACUAGCUGAAUCUGGUUUACAAUUGCACGAGACAAAUUUGUGCACAGGUCCAUUAAAUGGUGGUGUUAGCAUUUGUACGGCAGAUUCCGGUGGUCCACUGGUACAGUCAUGCUGUGAUGGUUACGAUGAAGAAUACAUAGUUAUUGGCAUAGUCUCGUGGGGUAGAAUGCCUUGUGGGCAGAAAAAUUCACCGUCUGUGUUUGUACGCGUCUCAGCGUUUACCAACUGGAUAAGCGAAAUUAUUUCGACUGCCACGAAUUUUGAAUAGAGCAAUAGGUGAAUGCAUUCAUAAAGGAGAGAGAAUUUGAAGUAGGAAGAAAAGCCUGAAGACUGAAACACCGAAUCAACACCAGGGCGAGCUUUUGGUGAAGAGAAAAAUCUCAUAUAAUUACAUAUAAGAGCGUAUCACUAGUUUUAAAAAUAAGACCCAAAGAAAUAUUUAAAUACUAUUUGU